CAAUGUUAAUCUCCUUUCAAAGUUGAAGUAAUUCAGGCAGAUGUCGUUAUGUUAAUUUACAGAUAUCUGUUCCGCACCAUUUUCAUUUCUGAUGAGUUCUGCUCAUAUCUAUUUCACAAAUUUUUCAACAUCUUUUGGUGGUGUGCCCUUUCAACUCGGCAUGAUUGUAUUUAUGCGCAGUCGGUCAUGUCAUCGUCAUGGUAUAGGCCCUACUACUGUUUUUUCCAUCAGGACCAACUAUGAUUCUGCUACUUCUGCAUAAUCUGUAGACCACAGACAACAUUGUCAGCUUUGUCCAGAGUUGGGCACACAUCAGGACUUUGAGUGCAAGACUUCUGUCACCGGCCAUGGAUUCAUUCCUGUUGGCGGCCGGCAUCCUCUACUUCCUGGCCAUCUCCCUGUGCGGCAUGAGCCUGGCCCUGCCCCUGUGGGUGGUCUCCAAUGUCCAGCGCUCGGACCUGAGCCUGGGCCUGCUGGUCCAUUGCCAGCAGAUCUAUGGCCGGCCCUGGGACUGCCGCUACGCCGAGGGCCCGCUGGAGUGGCUCCUGGCCGCCGUACUGAUCAUGCUGGGUAUUGUGGCGCUGGCCGUCGGCACGGGCAUGAUCAUCUUCUCCGACAAGCGGCCCCGGCUGCGGCGCUACCCCAAGUACAUGGGGCUGGCCGCCUGGACGCUCUUCUGCUUGGCCAUCAUGAUGUUCCCGGCUGGCUUUGACCUCCCACUGAUCGGUGGCAAUCCCUACCUCCUGCCCAACAGCGUCAAGACUGGCAUCUCCUAUGGCCUGUUCUUCACGGGCAUCAUCUGCACGUUCUUUGGGUCAGCUUUGGCACUGGGAAAGAUGUAUUAUGACAUCAUUGUUCUCCGAUAAACUUUUUUUUUUCUUUUUCCUAUGCCAUAUUAUUCCAUCAAAACUGUGACAAAUCAUGGACAAUCCGGCACAUUCAUAAUCUCACGUGAUGCAUGUACAUAGUGUAAAAUAGGCAGAGAUAAUAUAAAACAGACAGCGCACAUCAGUAUUUUUAAGUGAUGCACGUAAUGGAGUAACAGUUACGCUGAAUGGGCAGAAUUUGUGUCAAUUGUGAAUUGUGGCAUAAAGUCGUGUCUUGUUAAAGUAUUGUGUAUCGGUUUCGGGAACAUAUGUCAUCCAAUAACCAGGAACAAGCAGACCAACACUGUGGUGACAUCACGCUUGUGAGCAGGUGGCAGUGGUAGGCGUGCUUCGCAUGAAAAGUAAAAAAAAUUGUACAGAAAAGAUAAAUUUUUUUUUUUGUGCGGUAACGUGACAUUAUGGUAGCACAACAUGACUGGUGUAUGAAUAAUCUUUGCCCAAUCCUUAUUUUACCACUAGCUUGCAAUAUCUGACGGUGUCUAGUGACUACAUUCAAAUGGUUGGACUUGCUGAAUUUGCAUAUGUGACUGGGAAAGAGUUCUAUAUAUGGAAAAAACUAAUUUUCCCUUAAAAUUAAAAAUAGCCAUCAAAAAGUUAUAACGUCCUAAAAAGUGAAACUGCGCUAACACAAUUCCAAAGCAUUUACUUUGAAAAAGGGUUUCUUCAGCCAAGCUUCAAAGGUUUGUGCACAGGGCAUCAAGCGUUGUCCUUAUAUGGAAAUCUUUCCUAUGAUCAUCCCAACAGUUACAAUGGAACACAAAAUAGCACUUGUAGAAUUGAUAGGUUGGAUUUACGUGUAACUGCCUCAGUCAAGGAAACUGAUGUUUGGAAAUCGCUCAAAGAGGAGAAAUUUUUAAUAUGUAAGAAUCCGUUGUAAAUUGAAGUGCUUUAUAUAAGGGACAUUUGGUCAAAACUUCAGGCCAGGAGAGUGAUGCAUGUUGAAAUGGGAGCAGUUUGAAAACAUCGUUUCACAUGCGACCACGUUUAGUACUGGAGAACAAAGCCAUGUCUCCACAAGGAUACAGAGUUUGGAAUGUGUGAUCUGUGGAAGUGAGUCGUUACUCCUCAGUUCCCAGAGAUAAUUAUUUGGAGUUCUAGGCAGUGUCUCAUCUACUUUUAGCCAUCAAAUCCUCAGGACAGGCAAAACCAAUUUUGGAUAGCCAUUUUUUUCCUGUACAAAAUUUAGAAAGACUCCUUUUUGGUUUUGGUUUCAAACAAUCUGUAACACAGGUCAACAACUCUUCACAUUUCCUUCCCAAAUAUUGGGUACAGCAGAAAUACAGCCUUAGAAUAGCACUUAAGGGUGUUGGCUUAAACAAUUUCACUGGGAGGGGAUGGGCAGUUGUUAACAUCGUCUAGGAAAGGACAGGUAGCUAUUUCAGUCCUAGACGACAAUGGUUAGAGGCCUUUGUAUUAUAAUGUAAACCAAUAUGAUCCCUCAACAUCUGUCACUCGCAUGCACUGUCGUCACUGAUCAGGAUACCAAACUGAGUGAUGCCUCAAAAUAAAGAGUUUCAGUUUGCUCUCUCCAAUACUUGUUAAACAAAACUGGCCCUUGUUGUCAUUUGACAUAUUUUCACGGAGCGGGUCCCACGUGGAAAAGGGCGACGUCACUCUGCAUGACGCUGCAUGCAUUUUACCCUGGCCAAGAAUGCACAUCUUUCUGAACAUAAACCUGCAUGCAGACUUAAAAAAGCACUUCAAAAUGCAGCCAUACAAGAUAGGUGGAGUGAAGUGGCUAAACAGAACGAGUUAGAAAAAUAUGUUGACAAGUUUAACAUCAUGCGGGUCUGUAUUUCUAGACUUCAGAGGACGAGUCUUGGUGGUACUCGGAGUUAAGUAUUAUUCACUGACUAUACCACACGGGAGAAAGGAUUUGAAUUUUAUCUGAAAUAAAAAGAGCAAACCCCGUCUCAUGGUUAAUGUAAAAACUGCUGCCUCGGCUUGUGUCUUCUUCAAAGAAUCUUGGUUGAGAAUUCAAAUCGGUGUACUGUAAAUAAGGUCAAAAUGGUGCCUGCCGGAAGAGUAACGGUAACCUAUUGAUCCCAUUUUUGUUCCGACCACCAAUUAUUGAUCAACCAUGGAAAAUAACAAUUUCUAAUUAUUCUUGGUCUUCCUUAUAUUACCAGAGGCAGCACAUAUUGUCUUUGGUCGGCUGUUAGCACUGUGUACAAAUAUUUGCACGGCAGGGAGCAUUGAAAAUUCAAACCAAGGAGAACGAUGGUGGCAUCAAAACAUGUGACAUUUUGUUACAGCAUCUUGUUGGUGCUUCCAUUAAUACAGGUAAUGACAUCCUGUUUCGAACUGGGGGAAAAAAAUCAGUCAAAUCUGUUGUAGAUGCGAUUUUGAAGAUGUCCAUAUUGAAUAAAAUGCCGAGUUAAUCAAAUGUAAAGAGCAUUGCCGCUGCGAAGAAAAAAUCAACAUAGAAAUGUUUGCAGCAGUACUGUCUUAGAAAUGAGGUCAAAGCCGAACUUUGUAUCAAUUUUUCAGAUUCGUAAAAAAGGCAAUAAUAAACAACAUACGUAAUUCAAUAAUUCAUGAAAA